CUUGCUGUCUGAACAGGUGAUAUUUCAGAAUGAGAAGUGCUGCGGUUUUUCUGGCGUCGCUGCUCUGUCUGCACUGGACGUGGGUUCAGGGUGAGAGUGGAGGGGUGACAGGGAUCGGUAUCAGUCAGACAGAGGGGGAAAUCAGUAAGAAAGAGGCUCAGUUUGAGAUUCACGGCAUCAAAGCAACUAAUGAUCCGAGCAGCAGCCAGACCAACAUCACCCCUGAUAUCUUGGCCGAGCUGAGGGAGCUGAGAGACAUGGCCAUUGAACACAGGAGCAAGAUAGAGAAGCUGGAGCAAACGGAUACUGCCACACAGGCCAGACUGACAGCCAGUGAAAGCAAGAAUGCAGUUUUAGAGGCCAGAAUGAGCUCCAAUGAAAAUGUGGUCAAGGAGCUCCAGAGAAAGAACAUAGUACUGGGGGCCAGAAUGAGCGACAGCGAGAACAAGGUGAAGGAACUCAAGAGAGACUACGCAGUUUUAGAGGCCAGAAUAAACACCAGUGAAAAUGCAGUCGUGGACCUCAAAAGAGAUAACAUUGAUCUUCUGGCUAGAGCGACAGCAAGCGAAAAUAAGAACAGGGUUUUAGAGUCCAGAAUGAGCUCUAGUGAAAAGGAGGUGAAUGAGCUCAAGAGAGAGAAUGCAGAUCUUUUGGCUAGAGCAACAGCAAGUGAAACUAAGAACACGGCUUUAGAGGCCAGAAUGAGCUCCAGUGAAAAUGAGGUGGAUGAGCUCAAGAGAGAGAAUGCAGACCGUCCAAAGGUGGCGUUCUCGGUUGGUCUUACUGACGCAGGACAAGUCGGACCCUUCAACACUGACAUCACACUUAAGUUCAGUAAAGUCUUUACCAAUAUCGGCCAGGCCUACAGCCCAACUACAGGUAUCUUCACAGCCCCAGUCAGAGGAGCCUACUACUUCAGAUUCACCAUGUGGGACAACCGCAAGUCAUCUUGGAUGGGUGCUAAUCUCUAUCACAAUGACAAGAGAAUGAUGUGGAGCUCAGAUUACAGUGAUAGCAUCGGCUAUGUCGCUGUGUCUAAUGCAUUAGUUCUUCAACUGGAAAAGGGGGAUGUGAUCUACAUGGUUCUCAACUCAUCCUACGGUGUUUCGGAUGAAAACAAUAAUCGUACCACCUUUGAUGGUUUUCUACUUUUUCCGCUGUGAGUGCAGCCGUGAAGUACCCGCAGUUCAUUUUAAAAUAUAAGCACAUAUAAAAUAAAUUUCAAAUUUGUG